AUGGCCAAAGACUGGUCCGCGUCCCAGUACCUCAAGUUCGAGGCCGAGAGAACGCAGCCUGCUCGUGACUUGCUCUCGCGAGUCCCAUUGAGCUCACCAAAGCGGGUUGUUGAUCUUGGAUGCGGCCCAGCAAACUCGACUGCGCUUCUCGUGGAAAAAUUCCCAAAUGCAUCUGUAUCGGGCAUGGACUCAUCCCCAGACAUGAUCAAGAUGGCAAAGCAAGUUCUCCCUUCUGUUCCCUUCGAAGUGGCCGACCUGGAGACGUACCAGCCUGAUGGGCAAGUGGACUUGUUCUACUCAAACGCCGUUUUCCAAUGGAUCCCUGGUACCAAACGCAUCCCGCUCUUCCAGAGUCUUCUGGGGAAGCUGCCCUCUGGCGGCGUAUUCGCUUUUCAGGUCCCCGAUAACCUCGCGGAACCGUCCCAUGCCGCCAUGAGGGAGGCGGCGUUCACCCCGGGUACUCCCUGGGUAGAGACUCUGACACGUGCGGCCCCUGGAAGGGAUGACUUUCCCACUGCUGUCGAGCUUUAUGAUGCUCUACAACCUUUGGCAUCGGAAAUUCAGAUUUGGAGAACCACAUACUACCAUACUUUGGAGAAUCAUGAGGCUAUUGUGGAAUGGGUCAAGGGAACUGGUCUGCGGCCCUACGUGGAUCCGUUAUCACCAGAACAAAAAGCUGGCUUUCUCGAGGAAUACCUUGCUCGAUUAAGGCAGGUUUAUCAAUCGCAAGGAGAUGGAAAGGUUCUGCUGCCAUACCCUCGAUUGUUUAUGGUCGCAGUCAAGGCUUAG